CAGCGGUUUACCUUAAGUACCAAAGUUUGUCGGAUAACUUGUUAGUCUGUCGUAUGGUUCACAUUUGUUGUAAUGUCGUCUGAUAGCUGAGUGUUAAUUUUUCGGAUAUUUUUAAAACAUUUUCAACAAGAUGAAGCAAAGGGCGCUCGCGGGCGCAGCCUUGCUGUUGUUAUUUGGAAUAAUUCCCAGCAUUACAGCGCAGAGUAGGGGCGACACAGUUAAUGUUAGACUCACAGGUCCUGAUAAUGUGAAAGAAAACACAGACGUAAGUCUUGUAUGCAAUGUUACCACUGCUUUAAACGCAGAUGACAGUCCGUUAAUUUUUGAAUGGUUUAAAAAUGGGCAAGCAGUUGAGCAUCGUUCCGGAGAUCCUCGUAUAGAAUUUUUGACUUUGCCUGGAGUAGGCAAUACGUUCAUCAGUGAGCUGAUCAUCCAUGGGAGUCAAAUGCCUGAUAGUGGUCUAUAUGUGUGCCGAGCGUCAGUUACUGGCCAGAUUAACGCUGCUAGUCAUCGACUUUAUAUAGAGCCGGGUUGUGGGCCCGGUGAGUUUCAGUGCCUUGAUUCUGGAACUUGCAUUCCUAUAUCUUUUACAUGUGAUGAUCAGCCUGACUGUAGUGAUGAGUCAGAUGAAAAGUUUUGCCCACCGGUAGGUGGGUGUGCGGAAGGGAGACAACUCUGUGAUGAUCAAUCCAACUGUUUGACAAAAGACCAGAUCUGCGAUGGAAAUAACGAUUGUACUGAUGGCUCUGACGAAGAUAUUAUUGAAUGCUCUCUUCAAGAUGGCAUUAUCGAUUUAUUGGUGCCGCUUGGGGUCGGUGACGCUAGCAAGGGAAUCGGUUUUGAGCCCGCAGGAGUAAUUGGCCCAGUUUUUAAAAUCAAACCUGUUCCGGGAAAAGAAAUAAGUGAUGUCGCUAUGAAAUAUUUUAGAGAACCAGUUGAAGACAUUUACAUAACAGUGUUGUUAAAGCUUUUAUCUGACGAUGCAACAUUGUUCGCAGUUACGUCACCUUAUGAUACUGUUCUUCUGGGAUUAAAUUUAAAUUCUUUUGAAGAAAAAUCAAAAAAAUUGACGCGAGUGGUAGUGUAUUAUACAUCAGACGACCGUGCGAGAAGGUCAGAAUUUUUUCAUGUGACAGUUCAGGAUAUACGUAAUCGAUGGGCGAAGUUGGAUAUUACCAUAAAAAGUUCAUCAAUGGAAGUAUACGUGGACUGUCAGUUUGCAAAUACAGAAGAUUUGACCUCACAUCAGCCUGUGAACUUUUCUCCUGGGUCCACUCUGUAUGUCGGCAGUCAGAGCAGCAUGCCUGGCCAUGAGUUCCAGGGUUCCUUGGCUGAGUUUAAAGUUUACACAAAAUUAGAUCAAGUACCGAGAAUGUCUUGUGCUUCACUCAACAUGUUAGAGACAUCAGAAGACGAUGAUGAUUUACCAAUGGAUGAAGGCUCCGGUUCAGGCGGGGAGGAAUUGACGAUCAACAUCGAUGAAGUGACAGAUGCCCCUGUCAAAUACAUGAAGGGGGAUAAAGGAGACCAAGGGGAGCAGGGACUACAGGGUGAAAAGGGAGAUAGGGGAGAUCCCGGACUCCCCCCACCUAUUGGACCACCACCAGAUCCCACUGACAUCUUGGGGCCACCUGGAGAGAAGGGAGACAAAGGUGAUAGAGGGGACAUGGGAAUGCCUGGUCAGCCAGGGGUCCAGGGACCGAAAGGAGAUAACGGUGACACAGGAAUACCUGGGCCACAGGGUCCCCAGGGAGAACAAGGUCAGCCUGGUCUCACAAUAGUAGGACCUCCAGGACCACCAGGACCCCCGGGGCUGAGCCCAGAACCACCCCCGAUACGGGAACCAGAAGUAGGGAUGAAAGGGGAAAGAGGAAUUGAUGGAUUACCCGGGCGGGAUGGAACAAAUGGCAUUGCGGGACUGCCCGGUCCACAGGGUGAAAAGGGCGAAUCAAUCAAGGGAGAUAGAGGAGACCAGGGUCUACAGGGAGUCCCCGGACCACCAGGACCCAGUGGACCCCAAUGUGGCAAAGUACCAAUGCUUGGUGAUGAUGCCCUUGAGUUUGGUUCAGGGGACAUAGACAUGGCUGGAGGAUGUGAAAAGGGGGAGAGGGGCUCACCUGGUCUGCCAGGCAAUCGAGGCGAUAUUGGUCCUGCUGGCCAUCCUGGAGAGCCAGGCCGUGACGGCUCUCAGGGGCCUAUGGGACCUGCCGGGCCCGUUGGUCCACGCGGCCCACCAGGGGAGAUUCCUGAAUUUGACGUUGAAGACUUGAGGGGUGAACCUGGUCAGCCAGGAAUUGCAGGCCCUGAAGGACAGCCCGGCAUGCAGGGACCUGCUGGUAACCCGGGACUGUCAGGAGUGCCUGGUCUGAAAGGAGCUACGGGAGAAGAUGGUGCAUCUGGUGUGCCCGGUGUGGCAGGACCCCAGGGUCCCAUCGGACCCCAGGGUGAGCCCGGUCGAGAUGGAGUGCCUGGAACACCGGGUAAAGAUGGCCAGCCUGGACUUCGAGGACCCGCAGGACCUCCAGGAGAGGGUGGAGCUGGACCUGGGGAAGGCAUCCAGGGCCCAGAAGGACCACAAGGACCACGUGGGCUGCCUGGUCCAAUUGGACCAACAGGAUUAACUGGUCCCCAUGGACCGCUAGGCCCAGUAGGAGAAAGAGGAGAACCAGGAUUGCCAGGACCACAGGGCAUUAAAGGAGAUAGCGGUGAGGAUGGUGAGCCAGGAAUUGCCGGAGUCCCAGGAGAGAGAGGGCCUCAAGGGUUUGAGGGUUUACCGGGAAGCCCGGGGAUAGCUGGUAUCCCUGGAAACCAUGGAAUGAAGGGAACAAAGGGAGACCAAGGUGAGCCUGGAUUACCCGGAUCAUCCAUUGUUGGAGCAGAUGGUCCGCGUGGAUUUACUGGACUUCCUGGUCCACCGGGACCGCCUGGACCACCAGCCAUCCACACGGGAGGAACGGUUGAUCCCGACUGGGAAGUCAUUGGUGACAUAAGCGGGGAUGGAGAAAUUAGACAGGGGCUUCCAGGAUUACCCGGGGUACAAGGUCCUAAGGGUGACUCCGGGGAGCCUGGCAUCAUGGGAGAACCUGGGCCGCAGGGUGAACCGGGGAUAAAGGGCGAUAAGGGUGACCGAGGAAUGGAUGGGUUUCCGGGUGAACCCGGGGGACCAGGUCCUAUUGGGUUGACUGGGGAACAAGGGGAACCUGGAGUUGGUGGAGUAAUGGGCCCUAAGGGAGAUGUUGGCCCCAUGGGCCCAGCAGGACCACCUGGCCCAGCCAAUCUGAUGACUGGGGAUGGUCAGGCUGUACAGGGACCCAAGGGUGACCAGGGCCCGAGAGGACCACCAGGGGCAAAGGGAACAAGAGGCCUGAUUGGAUACCCUGGAUUUAAGGGCAACCAGGGUGACCCAGGAACCCCAGGAAGGGAUGGAUUAAGGGGCCGUAAGGGAGACAGGGGCUACGGGAUCCCGGGUAGAAACGGGGAACCGGGACCCCCAGGCCCACCUGGAAGGACUGGAGAGCCAGGAAUCGGUAUUGGGGCCGGAUCUGGGGCCAAAGGAGAGAAGGGUGACAGUGGUGAGGACGGCAAACCAGGUUUUGAUGGCGCAAAGGGUGAGGCUGGUCCUCGAGGACCCCCAGGCUUGCCGGGUGAAAUCUCAGAUGAAGGUUUCUUGAGAGAUGGUAUACAAGGACCACCAGGACCCACAGGUGCACCAGGCCCACAGGGACCCCAGGGACCACCAGGCUAUCCAGGCAAGGAUGGGCUCCCAGGUCGGGAUGGGGUCGGUGAACGAGGUCCCAUGGGUCCCCAAGGUCCCCCAGGGGAUGGGAGAGGCACACAGGGACCCCCAGGCCCGCCUGGACCCCAAGGAAAACCAGGAUCAGGAGACGGGGCAGACACUGCAACCCCAGUUCAGUUUGCGGAUGCCUCAGAGCUCCAGAGAAUGGCACGGACCAUACCUGUGGGUACGCUGGGCUUUGUUCUCAACACAGAGACACUGUACAUUCGGGUAUCACAGGGAUGGAGGCCCGUCUCGCUUGGUGAUGAUUUGAUCCCCUUGCCUAGAGAAACACCAACAUACCAGGAGAUCCGCAGAAAAUAUCAGCCACCGACAACAACUCCACAAACAAGACCGCCAGUAGAUAUCUCUGACAUCAGCAGACGACCAAGACUUCACAUGAUAGCUCUAAACAACCCCCACAGUGGACGACUGAGGGGAAUCCGAGGUGCUGAUUAUCUGUGUCAUCGGGAAGCUCGCGAUACAGGAAUGAAUGGGACCUUCCGAGCCUUCUUGUCAUCGUCUGACCAGAACCUGGAUUCCCUCGUGUACUACCCCAUUGAUAGAAAUGUGCCAAUUGUCAAUUCAAAGGAUGAAGUAUUGUUCAACUCUUGGGAAGAUAUGUUGAAUGGUGGUGGUGGAUUGUUCAACCAUGGUGCCUCAGUUUACUCCUUCGACGGUAAAAACGUGAAGGAGGAUCCCCAGUGGCCCAUGAAGGUGCUGUGGCACGGCUCGGACAAUAAAGGCAACAGAAUGGAGGACAAAUCAUGUCGAGGGUGGAGCUCCCACUCCAGAUACGCUAGCGGCAUUGGUAGUUCCCUCAUGGAGGGCAAAAUGAUGGGAAUGGAUGAAUACAGCUGCAAUAAUUCUUUUGUCGUCUUGUGCGUAGAGAUAACCAGCCAAAAGAAACUGAGGAAGUGAAAUUAGAGACAUUAUGCAACCAAUUUAAGUAUUGAACUUUUUUAGGAUAUAAAAUUUGAAAUUGUAUAAACUAUGCAAGAUAUGACAAUAUAUUUGUUGAUUUGUUUCAAGUUACAAUGGCCAAAAAUGGCAGCAAUGUGUGCCUUAUGCAAAUAAUUGAUUAUUUCAAUAUCUGUAUAUUUCUGUUGAAUUAAUGUGUGUUAAGGUAGAAAAAAGAUCAAAAGCUAUCAAAAUUUGUAGUCUGUGAUAAAUGUUGUUUAGAGACUCCAACAUUCUGAUUGGCCGAAACAUUGUCAACUUAAUUUGAUUGGUUGGCAGUCUUUGUCAGCAUCAUGUUGAUUGGUUGGCUGCAAUUGGUAUCUAAGAAGAGAUCUGAUUGGAGGAAGAGAAUAUCUUGAAGACCAAUGAAAAUCCAGUAUUCACAGUUGCCAUAGUAGUGUUUUGAGACAUAGAAAAGUUAGCAUUGUACAUGACUGGAGUAUAAAAUAGCUUCAUAGUUGUAUUGAUAAUAGCUGCAGAACCUUUUGACAUUCAUUUCAAAAGUGUGCAUUUUAAAUGAAAUACUAAGCCCUGUUUAAAUGUUGUAAAAAUAUCAAAAUAUUGAGACUUUUUUUUAAUGUUGAAGAGUAAAACAGCAGAAAAUCAGUGGAUCCCUUUUCUUCUGCUAGGAGACAUUUGCAACAAAUGAAGAACUGUAAAAUAGUAGAGCCACAUGUAUGAACAUGACAGUAUGCUUUAGAAAUAAUACACUAACUUGGUGCUGUGCAUUGCUUAGAAAAGCAUAAGCCAGUUUACUUUUGAAAGAUUUGUACAAAUUAAGUGAUUGUACAUGUAUACUAUUGAGUUAAAACUAUCAUCUGUAGUGAGAUAAACUCCUAACAAAUUAAGAUUUAAAAAUGAAAUUUGCAUCAAUUAAUGUUUCUUGUAUUUCAAGGUUUAUACUGUUAUGAUUUUACACAUUGGUUCAGCCUUUGGUCAUUUUGCUUACAUAUAUACAUAUAUCUACAAAGUGUUUUUGUUUUUUUUCAAUCAUGCAUUGCUUAAAUAUUUUGUGAUUGUAAAUUUGUAUUGUAUAUAUUAAUAUUGAAUGCUUUAAGUGUCCAUGUUUCAUCUUUUCUUUACAGGCAUUGUAUUUGAUAGCCAAUGAUCAUUUUUGCACAGUCCGCGAUUUUUUUUGUGUACUUUAAAAAUCUCAGCUGAAUUUUCAUGAUGUAAGAGCUUGAGCUUGAAAUAUAAGCAGCUUAUCUUUUUAGACUUGAGUUUCUGUAAAUAGCUUUGUGUUUGCAAACUUACCGAUACUACAGUAGAUGGUACACUGGGAUGGAUGGAUAAUAUGUAGGGGAAAAUAGCCCAACUCUCCCAACACUUUGUUUAUUACAAAGAGAGAAAAGUGACACAUCUAUGCAUUUCCUGUAUAUUAUGUAGGCAAUAAUUUUAAUCAGAUUCUGAGAAAAUAACAUCAUACUAUCUAUCGUUAGAAUCGGUAUUAUAUCCAAAGAUGUUACAGUAUGAAUGUUUUUGUUCAUGUAUCUGUGCUUAGAAACUGUAUUUGACAAAAAAAGCUUUAACCUUCACUGAUGCAGUUUAAUGCUGUUUAUUUUUUAGAGUUAAGCAUGUGUGAACCUUAAAAGCAAUUGUUUAUCUGUUGGGUUGAAUGGGUUAACCUGCCAGUUGUAUAAAAUAGGGUUUGUUUGGCUAAAUGGAAAAUAAAACUAUGAUAGGUUGAUAUUAACCAAGGAACAAACAUUGGCUCAUGUUACAUUAAUGGCAAUGUAGGAUUGAAAUGUUUCAGUGCUCAGUUAACUGGAAUACCAGAAUGGCGUGAUUUGGUGAUAAGGCUUCUGUCAACAUUUUAUACAAUUGUCUGCAACUGACAAGGUUGAUAGGUACCCAUUUCUACUCCUUCCUGUAUCUUUAAUAUUGCUGUAUAUUGAUGAUUGAAUGCCUUAAGUUUAUCUUGUAUUGCGCCUCAUGCCAGGUUGUAUUUGAGUUCUUCUGAUUUAAAUAAUAGCCACUAGAAUUUCUAGCAUAAUUACUUAAUAAUAUUCAAUGAAGGUGCAGUUCGAUUAACACUGCUACAUGUAUUUUGCAUGGAUAUCAAAAAAAGAUGGAAAAAAUUAUACCAUUUAAACAACAAUGAUUAAACUCUACCUUCUUUACCUCAAUUACUGUUGGGCCGAAGGCCGAGUGAUUGUUAAAUAAUAGAGAAAUACAUCUUUUUUAUUAAAAAUAUCUUUUGUACAUUAAAGAGCAGUGAUCUUGAGCAACCUGUAUAUUGUUCUUGUUGUUGUUGCUUGACCUAAGAGUGGUAUGAUGAUGUUAAUGCUAAUGUAAAGUGUAUUUCUGAUUAAUGAGUUAUGAAGUUCCAUUGUUAGAUUAUUGUUAAUACUGGAAGAGACUCUGUUAUAACAGUAGAAACGGUAAAAACACAGCCCAUGGUUUUAUGUGGCCUGCGUACCAUGCGGACACAUGACGAUCAGAUUGUUCAGUGGCAUCUUCUUUCGGGGUCAUACUUUCAUUUCUGCUCUUUAACUUGGACAUUUUUUCUCCAAUCUUUACAAAACUUGGCAGCAAUGCUAUUGGCUCAAUAUCUCAAAUCAUUGUGAUUGCCAGUCAGAUGGCUAUUGUCAUUCUAGAGUUAUGGCCCUUGAAUUUCCAGAAUUAUGGGCACUCCUGAAAGGUGCCACCUCAACUCGCUGCAAUCAUGGAUGACAUUUAGAAUAACCAGUCUACAUAUCUUGCAUUUAUGUGACACAAAUUGGGCAAACAAGUCUUAUUUGUCAGACGAUAAUUUUCAAUUAAAAACAUGCUUGUAUCUCAUUAUUUAUGGAGGCUAAAAGAGAAUCGAGAUCAAAGUCAUUCUACAUUUAAAAAUGUUUUUUGUUUCUAGAACUGCAACAGUGAAGUACAGGGUCUCUUGGAAUGUUUUCUACCAUAUGUUAGCAUUCUUUAACAUUAUCAUGUGUGUGUGAAAGUUAUGUGUGAAAGUAUCUUUUAAUGACUUAAACACAAAGAAAAUUCAAGGGUGCCAAAUUCUAGUUAUUUUGUGUAGUGUAAAUGUAUAUGCUUGUUAUAUAUAUUGAAUUAGCAUAGCAUUAUUGGAGGGGUCUUUAGCUAUUGCAGAAUAGAUUUGUCCCGUAAACAACUUUUAUAUCCUUAAAUCUUUUUAUGCAUUUUAUUCUGAUUGUAUUAAAAGAAAUAUUAUGAUCUUUUAUUGAAUAUUUUACAUAUUACAACAAUUUCAAUGAAAGAAUAUUGAAAGAAAAAGAGAAAAUUAUAUAGAAUUACAUUGUUUUCGAGCCAACUUGUAAUAAAUAUAAAUUAGAGAUAAUUAUUUCAUUAAGUAUCAAAAUCAAUCCAUUUAAUGUGCUCCGGUGUAAGCUAGUGUUCGUUUCAUAGAAAAGUCAUCUUGCUUUACGUAAUUCACUGCAUUAACCAUGAACAUAGUUAACUGUCAUUAGGCUUUAUACUGCUGAAAGCAACUGCUUUAUAGACUUAAACACAGCUUUAAAUAUCAUACCAUUCUUAAUACCCAUUUUUUUACAACUUUUCAUAGAUCUGAUUUUAUUUUUGUUAAAUUCAAGAAUAUGUUUCGCAUUUUUUUUUCUUUAAACCCUGUGAUUUACUUGGAUAUAUUGUGGAUGAACGCUAGACUGUUCUAAGUGCUUUUUUAUCAAAUAUCACUUAGAACAUUCCCACUUUAACCGUGGUAUAAUGUGUUACUUUAUUUACAACAACUAUAUGUAGUUUUACAACAUUUACAUGUAGCAGUAAAGUGUAACAAAGUUGUUUGUUUCUGGUUUCACCUAUUCCAACUGACCCAAAGUUUUGUAUCUGACAUUUCGGUUCUAACCAAUGGUAUUUUAUCAUUUUGGGUCCGUGUUUUACAGAGUUUCUGGAUUAAGAAGAGUAACAUUUCUAUAGAGAAGCCUAGAUAAUGUUAGCCCAGACCACAUGUCUCUGUUGUGACAUGGAUAUUGAGGCACAAGUUCAGCUAAAACUCCCCACCCUUCUUCUCUACCUUUUAAAGCCGUGAAAUUGGAAACAAGCACCUUUCUUACAUACACUAUUAACUACAUUUAAAUGUAGUUGUAAGGGAUUUAGCUUUAAUUCACUUUCACAGAUGCUUUAGUUUAUUGUUGAAAAUGUAUAAAGAUUAUAGACAUCAUUACAUUUACAUAGUUUGUGUCUUGUUUACCUGUUCAACAAUACAAAAUUCGACUUCUGUUUUUCAAAAAAACUGUUUGUCAAGACUCUGAACAAUUGACCAAACAAUGGUUUGUUAUGAUAAACAUGACUGUACCGGCCAGUAUGCAUGCUUUAUGUAGUUUAUUACCAUCUGUGGUUAUGCUUUUAUCAUGUUAACAACAAUAUAUAAUGUUAUAUGAUGGAACAAAUCAUGUUAAUUUAAAACUAUGUGAUAAAAACUUGUUUUCCAUCAAAUAGGCAAAGCCAGUUCACAAUCUACAUCAGUACAAAUAUUGAACAAACUUCCUGAAAUUGCAAACACUGACAUUUCUGUCAUUUUAGCCUUUUUAUUUUCUAAGUACUUAACUGUUAGGCAGUCAAUUCUUGUGUGUGUUUUGUUCUGUUUUAUAUUUUGCUUUCCUAUCUGACAUUAACUUAUUUCAUUCAUGAGCAGACUGUACUCUCUCAAUAAAUUGUAUAUAAAUGA